GUGUGAAAGGUCAAACCAAAAUGGCGCCGUCCAAGAAGAAACAUGCUACUAACCAGCCUUGUGUUAUUCCUGGAGGAUUUACAGAGCUGACCUUACGGUUUAGCUCCCACAGCCUCGCUGAGCACAAGCUGUACCUGAAAGAGCACAAAGUCCGAGCAGAGAAGAGUUCACAUAGACCGAUGGACCGGACUCUGUUUGUGCUCAACAUCCCCCCAUACUGCUCACAGGCUGUUGUCAAAGAGCUGUUCUCGCAGUUCGGCUGUGUUCAGUCCGUGGAGCUGAGGGACCACCCGGGCUCCUCUCAGGAGUCUGGACCCAAGCUGGCCAGGUGCUUUAAACCAGUUGAAAAACAGGGUUUCAAAGUGGGCUACAUUGUGUUCGAGAACUCCUCCUGUGUAUCUGCAGCUAAAUCACACCCACAUGAUGAGCCUUUGGUGGUCUGCACAGAGCAGCGUCCAGUGAGGACAGGAGUACAGAAAUGGAUUCAUCAGUACACAGACUCUUUUAUUCUUCCGGACAAACUGCAGCAAAUAGUGGACUCCUUCAUGGACGGCUACGACACGCGGAAAGAGGAGGAAGCAGACAGGCAAAAGAAGGAGAUCGAGCAGCAGCAAGAGGACGAAGAGGGCUGGGUAAAAGUCACAAAGGGACCUAAAGGCACCAAGGGCCGCCCCCACAGCGAGGCAGCCAACAAGAGGACCCUACAGAAAGAGAUAAGGAAGAAGAAGAGGAAGGAGCUGAUGAACUUCUACACCUGGCAGCACAGAAACACACAGAAAGAACAUAUUGCUGAACUAAGGAAAAAGUUUGAAGAGGAUAAACAGAGAAUAGCUCUGCUGAGGGCACAGAGAAAGUUCAGACCUUACUGAGUCAACUACUCUGAUUUUCCAUUCCUCAUUUCACUGCUGUGUUUAAGCUACCCUGAGCUUUUUUUUGUCAAUAAACUAUUA